UGAUAAACUUGGCAAACUUGGAACAGAGGGCUUUGAAAAGAUCUUCUCCCGGGAUAAUCUCAGUAGGGGCAGUAGUGCUGGCAGUAUUGGGCAAUCUCCUAGAUCGUUUGUUACACAUGAAACCCCACGGUCAACUCUAGCAUCAACUGUAGCCUCACUCAAGGAGGCAGUUUUGGAUUCACAAGCCAAGUGUACCGCCCUCAUUACCAACUUAUCCAGUUCAGAAUCUCCUGAAGAGCAUCUUGCUAAUAUUAGAGAAUUGAGUCAGAAACUUGAAAGCAUGCAGAAUUUGUUGGUGCAAUUGCAGAGUCAAAUUUGAUGGGCCUUGUUUCCUGCCCUAUUCUUCGUGGCAAAAUUAUGGGAUUGAAGAAAGCAUCCCAACGUGGCCGAGAAAGAAGAAAAAGAAGAAUCAUCCCAGUGAAAUAGUCUAUCACAUUCUUUCGUGUAUAUAGAAUACACAUGAAUACGUAUCAGUCAGGCACAAAGAAAAGCUGUUCUAUAUGAGUUAUCCCAAAAAUUUUGUAUCAAAGCAUGACAAUUUUUCCCUUCAAUAUUAGCAAUAAUUAAAAUGUUUCAUG